CCCAAGUAGACCUUGGAUUCCAAAUCCUGCUGUCACAGGCGAGUGGAGAACUUUCACAGCCAUUCAAUCAUUGCCCUUCACAUCUAAAGCACUCGUUUGGCUUACAAAAUACAUAGGUUAUACUCUAAUAUUUGUUUAAAUGCAGUUGUCUGGCUAGAAUGUUUGGCGCAAAGCAAAGGAACUUGGUAGCCAGAGGAGUGCGAUACUUUCGCCUGGGCUGGCAUCACAGCUCCAAAGGAUGUGACAAGACCUCGGCCACAGUGCUCACCAGCCACUUGCCCAAGGAUCAGCAAACGGAGCUGCUUCCCGAGGAGCCGCGAAAGCCGGAGGAACUCAUGCAGCACUUGGGGCCGCGUCGCAAUGAACAGGAGCAGCGCAGGAUACGCAAGGCGCAGUACGAGUCGCAUCUCAAGGAGCUGCUGCACCAGAGACCCGUGGACGCCGAGAUGGCCAUACAGUGUGUGCCUUUUGUCAAGAUGCCCGGCGGUUCGGAAAAUCCGCUUAAGCGGCGUUACGAUAGUGCCGAAGCACUCCUCGAGCAGGUGAGCGAUCCCAAGGAACUGGCCAAGGAGGUGAUCAAGUUGGCCACGGAGUUGCGCAUGGAGCGGCAGAAGAAUGAGAUUGUCAUGCAGAGUUUCUUGGAUCUAGAGGAAUUGUUGUUUCUGAAAAACUCGGCGCCAAGUUCGGAAAACUCCGCAACGCAAAAACCCAGCCAAAAUCCUAAUUGCAAGUCCUAAUUAAUAUAAUUCCUUUAAACCUUUUAGAAAAAUUGCAAUUAAAUUAAUUAAGCGUAUUUUCUAAGGUUAAAUAAAUCGGAUAAGAAGCAGGCAUCCACAAA